CAACAUACGUGCGCUGCCUCAAUGUUGGACUAAUUAGAAAGUUGUCAGAUUUUAUUGAUCCUCAAGAAGGAUGGAAGAAGUUAGCUGUAGCUAUUAAAAAACCAUCUGGUGAUGAUAGAUACAAUCAGUUUCACAUAAGAAGAAUGCCGGCAAACAAUCGUUGAAAGAAGAAUAGAAUUAGAAAGUUACCAGUUGGCAAUCACCAGUGAAAAUUGAUCCAUGGGAGACUCAUCAGUGAGUGCUAAAACCGUAAGGUGAAAGUUGUUGAAGAACAAGGAGAUUUGAAGCAUUACUUCAGGCUGGAAAAAGUCCCACUUGUGAGUUACUGUUUGACUGGGGCACCACAAAUUGCACAGUUGGUGAUCUUGUGGAUCUUUUGGUGCAAAAUGAGUUUCUUGCCCCUGCAAGUCUUUUGCUACCAGGUAAACUGAGUGUGACCAGGGUGUCAACAAUUAGGGCGGAAAGACAAAUGGCAGAAACAGUAACAUUUCUUCUUACUGUUACUUUUUUCUCAUAGUAGGUGAACCUUACUUUCAUUCAUACAGUCCUUUUCAUUCUAUCAACUCUCCCCAAUCCUCUAACAAGCACCCCAGACAUAGGACACUGCAGACUCUGCUGCCCUGGUGGUGGAGGCUUCAUCAUGGAGUCUGAUGCCACCAUAAAGUCUUGUCGUUUUGUACCAAUAGGAAGCUGGAAAGGAUAUAGACUUCAGAAACCUAGUUUCGGCUAUAGGAAAUUAGCUCCUGAUGAGACAUUAAGAUCAUGAUUUUCUUACAUUAUAUUUCGCUGUGUUUGUGUGUCCAGUUGUCUUCCUCACAGCCUUACUUUUUUCCUUUGAUGCUAUUUACACCAGUGGUUAUCAGCCUUUAGUGUGCAUAAGCGUAACCUGGAGCUCUUGUUAAACAUGUAGGUUCCUGGGCUCUAUUCCAGAGCUGAUGAAUCAGAAUUCUGGAGUUGGGUUCAAGGUCUGUAUUCUUAGACAAGUCCUCCGUGCUUCUGAUGCAGGUAGUUCAUGGAACACUCUUUGAAAACACUGCGUUACACUCUACUCAUCUUUAUCACAGCCUUCAAAUCCUUACUGGGUAGCUUCCAGUGUGUUCUGUGAGAAUAUGGAGCCCACAUAUGGAAAGUGGGAUGAUGUUAAAUGAACCAAGUUCCUGGUUUAACUUUUUUAUGAACACUUUUUCUUGUUGAAGGACAACUGAUAUAUUUCAUUUGGCAGAUGCUGUUCCCAAAACUGUGAACACACUACCUUCUCAAGAAGCUAUAACAGUUCAACAGAAACAGUUGCCUGUCUAUGGCAAAGACAGGACAUCUGUGACACCAGUGCAGAAUCUUGAACUAAACUAUAUGCCACCUGACUCCUCAAGUGCAGAAAAUGAAAGUUUAGAAGUUAGUGAUACACGUUUUCACAGUUUUUCAUUUUUUGAAUUGAAGAGUGUCACAAAUAACUUUGAUGAGCGACCCCUUUCUGCUGGUGGUAAUAAAAUGGGAGAGGGAGGAUUUGGAGUUGUGUAUAAAGGCUACGUGAACAACAGAACUGUGGCGGUGAAGAAGCUCGCAGCGAUGGUCGACAUUAGUACUGAAGAACUGAAACAACAGUUUGAUCAAGAAAUAAAAGUAAUGGCAAAGUGUCAACAUGAAAACUUAGUAGAACUGCUUGGUUUCUCUAGUGAUGGAGAUGAUCUCUGCUUAGUAUAUGUUUACAUGCCCAAUGGUUCAUUGCUUGACAGACUGUCUUGCCUGGAUGGUACUCCACCACUUUCUUGGCACAUGAGAUGCAAGAUUGCACAAGGUGCAGCUAAUGGCAUCAGUUUUUUACACGAAAACCAUCAUAUUCAUAGAGAUAUCAAAAGUGCAAACAUCUUGCUAGAUGAAGCCUUUAUAGCCAAAAUUUCUGACUUUGGGCUCGCACGGGCUUCUGAGAAGUUUGCCCAGACAGUCAUGACUAGCAGAAUCGUGGGAACAACAGCUUAUAUGGCACCUGAAGCUUUGCGAGGAGAAAUCACACCCAAAUCUGACAUCUACAGCUUUGGUGUGGUUUUACUAGAAAUAAUAACUGGACUUCCAGCUGUGGAUGAACACCGUGAACCCCAGUUAUUGCUAGAUAUCAAAGAAGAAAUUGAAGAUGAAGAAAAGACAAUUGAAGAUUAUAUCGAUAUGAAGAUGAAUGACAUUGAUUCCAGUUCAGUUGAAACUGUGUACUCUGUUGCUAGUCAGUGUCUGCAUGAGAAGAAAAAUAAGAGACCAGACAUUAAGAAGGUUCAACAGCUGCUGCAAAGAGAUGACAACUUCAGGAUUUCUUAAAACUAUUGGAAUAGACUCUUGGCUUUUUAUAUAAAGCUACUCAAACUAUUUUUUAUAAAUUAAAUAUUUUGGUAAACAUUCUUCUUUACCUUUAACUAGGCAGCAGGGUGUAGUGUAGUAAUUUUCAAACCAGACAUGUUCAACAGGUAAAAGUAGCUACAUCAUUGACAUUUAGCCCUACCUUCUUUAGUGUUACUUGCAGUUCCGCAGUAAUUCCUAAAACACUAUUUGUAACUUUAGGGUUUCUCUGAACACAGUUUGAAAACUACAAGAUUAGUAAAAACAACUCUGGGAUAUAAAGUCAAAAGACCUUGACCUGAAGCCCAGCUCAACUACUAGUUUACUCUAGAGCUUUGGGCAAUCUCAGCUCCUUUGAGCCUUGGGGUUUUUUUUGACCUGUAACAUUGGACGAAUUAAUCCCUUCUGGUGGCAUAGUGGUUAAGAGCUACGGUUGCUGACCAAAAAGUUGGCAGUUCAAAUCCACCAGGCGCUCUUUUGAAACCAUUUGGGGCGGUUCUACUCUGUCCUAUAGGUUUGCUAUGAGCCAGAGUCGACUUGACGGCAGCGGGUGCCUCUCUUUGACAGGUAGUCGUGAAAAUCAAAUGAGGUAGAAUAUUACAAGCACUUUAUAAAAUGUAAAGUGAUAUAAAAAUGUAAAGAUUAUAAAACCAAUUAUAUAAUUACAGUCAUUUGUUUAUGAAAUGAUGUUCACAGUUGGCUAUUUUAAGUAAUCAUUCACCACAAACCAAACAUCCCCUGAUGAUAUUCCCAUUAUAUGCCUGUGAUUAGAUUAUGUUAUAUGGGAAAGGUGACAGAAUUCUGCAGAUGUAAUUAAGGUCCCUCAUCAGCUGACUGUGAAUAAUCAAAAGGGAUAUUUUCCUGAGUGGUUCUGACCUAAUUGGGUGAGUCCUUACAAGAAGUCUGAGAGAUUCUCCUACUAGCCUUAUUGUGUACAGCUGCAAGGAUUCUGCUAAUAACCUGAAUAAGCUUAGAAGACCUUCAGAUGAUACUGCAGCCCCACCUUUACUUCAACCUUAUGAGACCUGAAUAGAGAAUCUAUCUGAGCUGUGCCUGAACUUCUGACAUACAGAGCUGUGAGACAAUAAAUGAGUUGUUUUAAGUCACUAAAUUUGUGAUAAUUUAUUAUGCAGCAAUAGAAAACAAAUACAGACACUCCCAUGGUGAUACUGCUCUAUCCCUUCAUAUUCCCAGGUUCUGUCCACACUCAAGAGAUGAAGAUUAUGUACACCAGGAUGUUGUGGCAUACCUAUUUUCAUCAAAUUCCUCUUUUCCUCAAUCCUUGCUCUUUGGUGGUAGUUUGUUGGUUUGUUUUAUCGAGGAGCCUAAGAGGUCUCUGGUUAGUACUGGUGAAUUUUAAAAUGGUUUUAAACUAUUUCUUCUAAGUUUAAAAUUCUCAGUUGGUAUAUAUAACAUUUGAAAGUUCAUUUUACAGCUUUGGGUGAGGGGAAAGAAGUAAUUUAUAUAAGCAUGAAAACUGCUAGAAAAACUAACAUAUAUAGAAGGAUUACCUAAUAUCUGGAAUUAUUCAUUCAUUCAAUAACCUUUAUGUCAUUAGUUCUUUCAGUAGCACACCCAGAACAAGAGCAGGUAAAGUGGGUUAUAGCAGAAAAUGAUCAUCCUCUAUAGUGUAAUGUUUGUUGUUGUCAUUGUUAGCUGCCAUCGAGUCAACCCCUGACACAUGGCAACCCUGUGCCCAGUACAUGAUCAGUUACAGAUCAGACCAUUUUGAU